AUGACAGAAGCAAACAACCUGAGAGACGCCCGGAGAAGAAGAAGAAUCCUCCAACAAGGAUCCGACCGUCUUGCCUUCAUCCAGGGUCAGAUCCAAACCCUCCCUCCUCCCGAUCUGCCUCACGCCAACGACGAGGAGCAGGAGUAUCCGAAUUCCGUUUUGCAGAAUCACGUUGAUGCCGAAAUUUUGCCUGAAAAACAACACAGUGAAAGUGAGAUUUUAAGUUUCCCCAAUUCUGAAAUUGAACCUGAACAUGUACAAGAAUCACAACCUCUAUUUCAACCUCAACCACCAACAACACAUCAAGAUUCAUCUGAUGAAAUUUCCCAGCUCGAAGAACCUAGAAGUUUCGAUUUCAUAAGCCCUAGGGAUGUGACGAAUGCCGUUGAUGCCUCAAGAGGCUCUGAUGAAAGGUUGAGGAGGAGACGGAACAGCGCCAGUGCCAGCGCCAGCGCUGAUUCUUCUGAUCAAUAUGCACAACUUGCAAAAACAUUGGAAAUUGGAAUGGUGCUGAAGACUGUGGCUGAUGCUGUCUUCAUGGAUUGUGCUGUCUAUGCUAUUGUGCUCAUAUGCAGCCUUUCCCUUGUGCAUCACUGA